AGUCCACUCGGUCGCUCCCCGCAAAACGCUCUCGGACAAGCCGGUUCAGCGGCGAUCGUCAUGGACACGUCCAGUCAGAGUGCCAGUUUGACUCAGGCUUCCUCAGGAACAAACUCUGCCUCCCUUUCCGGUUUCAUCAGCAGUGGCGAACAAUUGCAGCAGCGCACAGCUCUCACAUGGAUUCGGGCAUUUGUUAUGUUAGAUCCCAAACAUUUAUUGCCGUUUGCGUCCGGGAUUAUCGGGGCUGUGUUGCCAUGUUUUGUGAUGGGUGGGGGUGCAGAUGGUGUGAAGGAUCGAAAAGGUGACCUGUUAAACCCUUUUGCUCGAUUUCUGUUUAUUGUGGUAGAAUUAUCAAAGUUUUGCCCUGGCUUAAUGCUAAAGCUGAUCGUUGCAUCAUCCUCAAAAGUCGUUGAUAUAGCUCUGCUAUCAAUUCUGGAAACCGCUGUACGCAUCAACGAAACGUUGUUGACGUUUGUAAGUGAAGCAAACGAUCUUCACGGAAAUGGAACGAGUGAGAAUCGGGAGUCGACACCGCGUUGCGUGUCUGCUUCCCCGUUAGAGCAAACAAAUCAGAAAAAUGAGGCUCCAAUUCGGGCUAUUCACGCGGGAGUGAAUCUGAACGAGCCGUCCAUUCGUUGCACAAGAACAAAAUCCACAACGAGACAGGAUGUGACCUCGCUGAGAAGUCGGGUUAUCUGUACGGACGCCAUUUUGGAGGCAACAUGUCGUCUACUGAAUCACCAAGGCCUGUUAACACGUUUGGCUGCACUGCGUUGGAUCGAAGUGUUGACCAAAGUUCGACUAAAAGAGGUUCUAUCCCACAUAUCCGAUCUCCUACCGUUGAUGUUAAAUUUACUCUCGGAUUCCGCAAGUGAGUUUAUGGUGGAUGCAAUUUUGGAAACUGUCUUCGGCGCUGAUAGCAACCCGACCCUGAACUUCAGUUAG